AUGUCGUCCUCUACCCGCCCGACAGGCCUGACUGGCACCUCUGGCAUCGAGCUCCUCACAUUCGGCACGCCCAAUGGCCAUAAAGCGUCUAUCAUCCUCGAGGAGUUGAAAGCCGCCUAUGGCCUGCAAUACACCUUCCAAAGCAUCAACAUCAUGGAGAACAUUCAAAAGGAGCCCUGGUUCACCAAGGUCUCUCCCAACGGUCGGAUCCCCGCUAUUGUGGAUCACGACCGCAACGACUUCGCGGUAUUUGAAGGCGCGGCCAUCUUGGCGUACCUGACCCGACACUACGAUACCGAGAAUAAGUUCAGCUUCAAGGAUGCGGACGAUUUGAGUAGAUGCGAGCAGUGGGUAAAGCAGGGCCCCAUGCAGGGACAAGCCAACCACUUCUACCGGCUCGCCAAAGAGCGCAUUCCCUACCCGACCCAGCGCUACGUAGGCGAAUCUGAGCGGCUCUACGGGAUCCUGGAUAUCCAGCUCGCGGACCGCGACUACCUCGUCGGCCCGGGCCGCGGGAAGUACUCCAUCGCCGACAUCGCCUCGUUCUCCUGGGUCAACGUCUCUUUCUUCGCUGGGCUGGACAUCAGCCAGUUCAAGAACGUAGAGCGGUGGUGGAAGAGCAUCGAGGCGAGACCGGCCGUACAGGCUGGACUGAAGGUGCCGAGUGAGAGCCAGAUCAUCAACUCGAGCUACCAGAAGAGGUUGAAGGACGAGGAUGGAUUCAAGGAGAGUGAGGACAAGUUGAAGAAGCUUGGAGACGAGGCCAAGGAGCAGUAUGGCUACAAAUUCGCUUCGCCCUAA